CUGCGAACUAUAGCCCUACGUAGAAACUCUUCCCGUCUCGGCUUUGCGCGCCCGUUCGCAACACUCAUACCUCUUUAUAUAGUAUCUUGUACGUACAUCACCAGCUGACUAAAUCCCUCAAUUGUCUGUGGAAAUCACGGCGGGAACGACCCAUCGUCGUUUUAGACAUCGAUCGACAACGGAGUACCGCGCGCUGUGUACGAGGCAUGCAUGGCAGCCCUCCACACGAUCCACCAGCACAAUGAGCGUGACCUCGAGGCAGGGCACGCUACGCCGCCGUCAUCGCUCGUCACGGGCAAGGCCCGUCGGCGCAACAGCUGCCGCCGGUUCGCCUGCGUCGCCCUUGUCGCCGUGGCAGCCCUCGCCGUCGCCCUCGCGGGCGUCCUCGGGGCUCUUUACCUGGCGCUCGACCCGAAGAUGCCCCUCUACACGGUGCACGCGCUCAACGUGACAGCCUUCGGCAUGGACGACGACAUGACCGCGCGCGCGCGCUUCGACGCGGCGGUCCGGUUCGAGAACCCCAACCGCGUCAUCGGCAUCUCGUACGAGGAGGGGUCCAGCCUCGCCGUGUGGUACGGCGGGUACCGGCUGUCCGAGGGCGCGCUGCCGGCCUUCUACCAGGGCCACCGCGACGCCGCGGUCGUGCACGUCGCCAUGAGCGAGGCGCGGCUGGGUGGCACGGGGGUCGUGGAGGCCAUGCGGCACGUGAACGCGGCCGGCGGCGAGCUGCCGCUGGUGUUCCGCGGCGAGGUGCCGGUGCGGGUCAAGGUCGGGCCGGUGACGACCGCCAAGGUGACGCCCCGUGUCCGGUGCGACCUGGUGCUGGACAGGCUGAGCACCGAGGGCGGCAUCCGGAUCAAGACGAUGAGCUGCAACUUGAAGUUAUGGUGAUCCGGACCGGGCUUUGCCGUUAAACGACACACUACUACUGUAUAUGUGAAGCGUACAAUGAGUUAUGUAUAUAGUACUACUAGUAUAUAGAUGAUCAAAAAAAUUUGUAAAUAGUACUAGUAACUUUCUUCUUUCUCUGAUUAGAAUUUUGUUUAUACAAGAAUAUCCUUUGGUUUGUUUGUAUCGAUAGUUCAAUCAGCAAAAACACAU